AUGGAGACAAGCCCCGAGAAGACGACGCUCCUGCUCCCGCCGUCGGCCAUCUCGACGAGCUUCUACCUCGACCAAUGGUCUUUCGAAUACGAUACUAUUGCCUGUGGACUAAAGCUCGGCGCGCGCUACUACGUCUACGACUUUGCACAUUUCGCGAUCGAUACCGUCGGGUCGGCUUCGGCGCUAGUGCCGACGUCUGCUUCGCCACCAGGAACGUUUGCGACGCUGCUCUACUUUAUGCCGUCCGACUGCACUGGCGGUGCCGUGACCGUCACGUACGACGAUCGGACGACGACGUACGAGACUCUCAGCGGGCACUCGGUGGUCUUCUUCAACACGUGCCACGUCUCGGUCGCACCGAUCACAUCGGGCACCCGCGGCGUCUUUGUGCAUCAUGUGAGCCACGAGGACUAUGACAGCGACUACACUGCCAUCCAAGGCCGAUAUUGA